AUCGCCGACAAUGAAGAGCUCAGCUCUGUCUCUGUUCUCUCUCAUUUCCGUCUCCGUCCUCCUCCACCACGCCGCGCCGUCGAUCGCCUCGCUGGAAGAAACAUGCAAGCAACUGGCCAAAGAAAACAACAACGUGGACUACAACUUCUGCCUGACGUCCCUGCAGGCCUUCGACGGCUCUCCGUCCGCCAGCCCCAAGGAGUUGGCCGUCAUCGCCGUCAAGUUGACUCAGGCGAACGCCACAGCCGCCCUCGCGAAGAUCGAGCGGCUGCUGAACGGGUCGACGUUGGACCCGACGGCGAGGUUUUCGAUCAACUAUUGUUUGGGGUUAUACACCGAGACUAAGGUAGCUUUGUCGAACGUGAUCGAGGGUUUGACUUCCGGGAAAGAUAAGAGCUUUCUAGUGAUGCAGAUCGACACGGCGGCGAGCAAACCACAAAACUGCGACGAUCUGCUCUACGAGGGUGCAAAUGAUUAUUUGAUGAAGCCGGAGGAUGACGAUUGUUCUGACCUCGCCACCAUUGCUCAUGAUCUUAUUGUUAAAUUUUUCUAG